UUUAUGCAUGAAGGAUCACAAAAUUUAACGGAAGAUUUACUGGGUGGCUCGGUUGCCGAAAUGGAUGACAAAGAACGAGAGGCGAAACUUGCUAAACAAGAGAUGAAAGCACUUCACGAAGCAGUUAUUGAAAUUUUUGUCAACUUAUGUGGCUCAGACAACACUGUUAAGAAAAUUAAACGCUGGAUUUGUUGA